UCUUUUCAUGGCGUGAAAGACAGGCGGCCCGAGUUCAACGCCUUCCUCUCUCUCCUCCGUCUCUGUUUACUCCUUUUAGAUUACAAUCAAAUCCACAUAUAUAAAACAGAGAGAGACGAGAGAAACUCCCCUCAGCUUAACUGGAAAGGGGAAGCACACAUACAAACACAAAUAAAAAUAGUACAUCAGUACAAAAAUAUACAGAGAGAAAGAGGAGAGGGAGAGAGCCGAAGAUAGUGGCCGUUUCAACGGCCAUCCCCACAUCAACAAUCUGGUUGGCAUAGACCACCUAAUCCCAUUGCCCAUCAUCAUCCAUUCCUCUCCCAAAUUCGUUCCUUUUUUUCCUGGAAAAUCUACAGCAACAAGAAAAGCAAAGAAAAGUUGGGAAUUCUUUUCGUGUUCUGUCUUGCCAUUAGCCUGCAUCCACCAUACGGGCUUGCAGGCUAUAAGGUAAUCUCCGAUACCCAAUUCUUUAUACAUCCAGAUCUCUCUCUGUUGUUUUCAUUUUUUCCUAGUUUCCGCUCGUUGAGUUUUGUACCGUUAGAUUAUAUAGGAAGAGGUAGAGAGAGCAGGAUGCAGCAUAAUAUAUUCACUUCAAUGCGUAGCUUGAAGCUUAUAGAUGGGUGUAAAGGUACCCAGGUUUACGCUAUCAAUCCAACCGGUCCACCCCCUCCGGCUCCAGGUGGAGGUGGUGGGGGAGUAGGCGACAAGCUUCUUCACCAUUUGCAAGAUCAUCUUAGAGUUAAUUCUGUUCGAUCGAAAUCGAAUGGAACCUGCCAAGCUCCAAAUGGUCACACCACAGUUAAUGUCGUGACCAAGAGCCUCCUCCCGUUUGGCCUUCCGGAGAUUGACCAGAUCGAGCCACAGAUCGAGCCCUGCCUCAAGUUCGUUGAUUUUGUCGAGACCCUCGCAGACUUGUAUCGCCGGAUCGAGAGUUGCCCGCAGUUUGAGAAAUCGGGUUUGUAUAUUGAGCAAUACGCGGUGUUUCGGGGAUUAUCGGAUCCGAAACUCUUAAGGAGGAGCCUCAGGUCCGCGAGGCAGCAUGCAGUUGACGUGCACGCGAAGGUAGUGCUCGCGGCGUGGUUACGGUUCGAAAGGAGAGAGGAUGAGCUGAUUGGCACAUCUUCCAUGGAUUGUCACGGAAGAAAUCUUGAAUGUCCUAAGGCCACUUUGGUAUCUGGGUACGACCCGGAGUCCAUUAAUGACCCCUGUAUAUGUACCAGGAAUCCUAGAGAGGAUAUUGAUGACGAUACAAUGAUGGAAGGAGAGGAGUGCUCAACUUCGGAGGAGGAGGGUGAUAUGUCGUUUUGUAUUGGAGAUCAGGAGGUAAGGUGCGUGAGAUACAAUAUCGCUUCUCUUUCGAGACCUUUUAAGGCAAUGUUGUAUGGUGACUUCACAGAAUCACGGAGGGAGAAGAUAAAUUUCACUCAGAAUGGGAUUUCGGUUGAGGGGAUGAGAGCUGCUGAGAUAUUUAGCAAGACUAAAAGAUUAGGUUCUUUUGAUAUACGGCUUGUUUUAGAGCUUCUGUCAUUGGCAAACAAGUUUUGUUGUGAUGAAAUGAAAGCUGCUUGCGAUGCUCAUUUGGCAUCAUUGGUUUGUAACAUGGAGGAUGCAAUGUUGCUAAUUGAGUAUGGAUUAGAAGAGAGGGCUUAUCUUCUAGUAGCCGCUUGCUUGCAGGUGUUCUUGAGAGAGCUGCCUAGUUUGAUGCAUAAUCCUAAAGUGGCGAAGUUGUUUUGUACUUCAGAAGGUAAGGAGAGACUGGAUCUAGUUGGGCACGCUUCCUUUUUGUUGUAUUAUUUUUUAAGUCAGAUUGCUCUGGAGGAAGAGCUGAAAUCAAACACCACUGUGAUGCUUUUGGAGAGGUUGCUGGAGUGUGCAACUGAAGCUUGGGAAAAACAACUAGCCUAUCAUCAGUUAGGGAUCGUGUUCCUUGAAAGGAAGGAGUAUAAAGAUGCCCAGAAUUGGUUUGAGGCAGCUGUUGAAGUAGGUCAUGUAUACUCACAAGUGGGAGUGGCAAGGGCCAAGUACAAUCGUGGUCACAAGUAUACGGCAUACAAGCUGAUGAAUUCGCUCAUUUCUGAUUAUACACCCGUUGGGUGGAUGUAUCAGGAACGUUCUUUAUAUUGUAUUGGGAAGGAGAGGGUGGCAGAUUUGAACACUGCAACAGAAUUGGAUCCAACCCUUUCUUAUCCAUACAAGUACAGGGCUGUUGCCUUGGUUGGGGAGAAUAAGAUUGGAGCUGCAAUAUCAGAAAUCAAUAAAAUAAUUGGUUUUAAGGUGUCUCCGGAUUGUCUUGAAUUACGGGCUUGGAUCUCAAUUGCCUUAGAGGAUUAUGAAGGCGCCCUUAGAGAUGUCCAGGCACUCCUGACUCUGGACCCAAACUACAUGAUGUUUCACCGGAAGAUGCAAGGUGACCACUUGGUAGAACUUCUCAGCCCUCUUAUUCAGCAAUGGAGUCGGGCUGACUGCUGGAUGCAGCUGUAUGAUAGGUGGUCCUCUGUUGAUGACAUAGGCUCACUAGCUGUUGUGCAUCAUAUGUUAACACAUGACCCUGGGAAGAGCCUCUUACGGUUUCGACAAUCUCUCCUCCUUCUACGGCUAAAUUGUCAGAAGGCAGCAAUGCGUAGUCUGCGUUUGGCAAGAAAUUGUUCUACUUCCGAGCAUGAAAGGCUUGUGUAUGAAGGUUGGAUUUUGUAUGACACUGGCCAUCGUGAAGAAGCUCUAGCUAAAGCUGAAGAAUCCAUCUCUAUCCAGAGAUCAUUUGAAGCUUUUUUCCUCAAAGCCUAUGCUUUAGCAGAUUCAAAUGUUGGUGGUGAGUCUUCAACUGAUGUUGUCCAACUUCUAGAGGAAGCUCUCAGAUGUCCUUCAGAUGGCCUCCGAAAAGGACAAGCACUGAAUAAUCUUGGGGCUGUUUAUGCUGAUUGUAAUAAGUUGGAUCUUGCUACUGACUGCUACAUGAAUGCACUCAAUAUCAAGCAUACACGUGCACAUCAGGGUCUGGCUCGUGUAUAUCUUCUAAAAAAUCAGCGGAAAGCUGCAUACGAGGAGAUGACAAAACUGAUAGAGAAAGCCUGGAACAAUGCCUCAGCUUAUGAGAAACGUUCAGAGUACUGCGACGGUGACAUGGCAAAGAGUGACCUUAAUAGGGUGAUACAACUAGAUCCGAUGAGGACGUACCCUUAUAAAUACAGAGCAGCUGUUUUAAUGGAUGACCAUAAAGAAUCUGAAGCCAUAGCAGAGCUAACAAGAGCCAUAGCUUUCAGGCCGGACUUUCAGCUACUGCAUCUUCGAGGAGCAUUUCAUGAAUCAAUGGGUGAUCAUGUCUCUACCAUUCGAGACUGUGAAGCAGCUCUCUGUCUCGAACCCAGCCAUGCUGAUACUCAUGAUACCUAUAAUAAAGUAAGGGAGCAUAUUGAGGAAUAAAACAAGUGAGGGGUAGACAUUUGUAGUUCUGCUAUAUCUUCAUUUCAUUACAUGGGCAACUGGAUUGUUGCUGCUCUUAUCUUCCUUUUUUUUUAUUUUUAAUUUUUUUGGGAUGAGAGAGGCCAAUAUUUGUGGGGGGCGCAAUCCUCUUUUCCGAUAAUUCCCAGACUAGGAACAUUCAAAUGCAGAUCUGCUGUGGCCUGCAGCAGAGAAGGAAUGUUGGGAAGAAAGAAGAGUUGGGUUUGAAUUAGGGGAAAGUUAGAGAGCAAGUUAACUUGUAAAUAUCUGUAUUAUUAUCUAUACAUGGGGAUCAGUUACAAUACAAACAGUGCAGUCUGCUCCUGUUGUGAUUGCCCUGACAUUCCAUUUUUGCGAAAUGGGUUGAAAUAGCCGUGAAGCCCCUGAUUCUGGAGGAACAUAUACGAAAUGGCAGAUUGUUAUAAUAUCUGUCCUAUUUAGAGAUCUACAGUGUACAACUUUUGCAACAUGGUGUACAAUAAUGUAUCAUAUUACUUUGAGCAUUGUGUA